UUUGGUAACACUUUCGUAAGCGCACUGAUCAUUAUAGCUCCUCCCUUGGUGAUCUUCUGUCGAGUGGCGAGUAUAUAUACAGACAGUAAUAAGAGAUGGAUAUGAUGCUCUAUUUCUUGACUCCGCAUCUGUCACGCAUUGUCUUCCUAUUCAUAAGAUGUCGUAUGUUGCAAUCACCGGGAAGACACAUGUGGAAGAGCCACUGCAAUGCCACAAUAUAGCAGUGGUAAAGAAUAACGAGUUUCAUUUAGUUCAAGUCAAUGGUACAUGGAAACGCAAAACGGUAAAGAAUUUUAAUAAAAACUUGAAAGGUCGAGUAUCAGCUGCCAAAAUCUAUGAGAGCACCACGGAGCAAGGCACCUCCUGGACAGUGAUCAGUCCCAUCGUCUUCACCUACAAGGUGAUUGAGUCCCUGGGCCUGCUGGACCCCAGCAACGACACCCUGCUCCUGGGCCACAUCAGGGACCCCCAGCAGCAGGAGGCCCUGAGGAGCAGCAUCAGCACCAAGCCCCUGAGGCGCUUCGUGGUCAUGGACCAGACCGUCUACAACCUCUAUGGCUGCCAGCUCACAGACUACUUUGAGGCUCGUAAUGUUCUCUACAGGAUCCUGCCCUUGACCACCACAGAGGAAAACAAGUCCAUGGAGCUGGUGAUGAAGAUCCUGGAGGAGGUCCAUAAGUUCUCCCUGGACAGACGCACAGAGCCCAUUAUUGCUAUUGGUGGAGGGGUCUGCCUGGACAUCGUGGGCCUGGCGGCUUCCCUCUACAGGAGACGCACCCCCUACAUCCGUGUCCCUACCACCCUCCUCUCCUAUGUCGACGCCAGCGUGGGGGCAAAGACUGGGGUGAACUUUGCCAACUGUAAAAAUAAGCUGGGUGGCUACAUCCCCCCGGUGGCUGCUUUCCUAGACCUGUCCUUCAUUCAAACGGUUUCCCGAAGACACAUCUCCAAUGGGCUGGCCGAAAUGUUAAAGAUGGCCUUGAUGAAACACAGAGAUCUCUUUGAGCUGUUGGAGACCCACGGUCCGUUCCUGUUGGACUCCAAGUUCCAGUCUGACAGCGGUCUUCAUGGGGACAACAAAGACGCUGCCUCCGUGUCCACGCGCGUGGCCAUAGAAGCCAUGCUAGAGGAGCUGGCCCCCAACCUGUGGGAGGACGAUUUGGACAGACUGGUAGACUUUGGUCACAUUAUCAGCCCAGAGCUGGAAAUGAAGGUGCUCCCGUCCUUGCUGCACGGAGAGGCGGUCAACAUCGAUAUGUCCUACAUGGUGUAUGUGGCCCAUGAGAGAGGCCUCAUGACAGAGGAAGAAAAGCUGCGGAUUAUAGGCUGCAUGGUGGGGCUGGAGCUGCCUGUGUGGCAUCAGGACGUUACUUUGGCACUGGUGCAGCACUCACUUUGUGAGAGGCUGAAGCACUCUGGUGGACUGGUCAGGAUGCCUCUACCCAUUGGCCUAGGGCACGCAGAGAUCUUCAAUGACACGGGUGAUGAAAGCCUGUACAGAGCGUUUGAGAAGUGGUGUGAUGAGCAGCGACUACAGUGACCUGAACUGGUCACAAAGACUUUGUAUUGCUGUAGAUGAUUUAUGUUGAAUGAUUGAAAUGAUUGGAACAAGGAUGUGUCAUUUCUGCAUGACACUUUGGCCCAGAUAUCUGGAAUGCUCAACCAUUUUUCCAUAGUUGUAGAUGAUAUUUGUUGGUGCUGUUGAUUUUUCAGAUUGACUUGAUUUGAUUGGAAAUAGCAUGUCCUGUCUUGUCAUAUUGAACAAAAUCAACCCCACAGUUUUAUUACUAUGUUACAAAAAGGGAUUUUCAUCAAAACUGUAUGUUUUAUGACUUUGUAUUGCUAUUGAUGUCACUUUUUCGUCUCCAUUAAAUCAUUUUUAAGACCUUAAA